GAUCGAGUCCUUCUUCUUCUGCUACCAUUCCAGCUACCAUGGAGAACGUAGAAGUACUCAUCUUCGAUGUCUUUGGGACGACGGUUGACUGGUAUACGACCGUCUUCAGCGAGUUGAAGGCCCUUGGGGAGACGAAAGGACCUUCAGGCUCGGAAGACUGGCAUACCUUCGCACAGCAGUGGCGAAAGGCUUAUAUGGACAAGACCCGAGAAUAUUCACAGACGGCGACUGACCCGGAGAAGACGCCGAAUGUGGAUGCGAUUCAUCGGGAGGCGCUGGAGAACAUGCUCGCUUCAGAACAGUGGGCGCAUAUCGGCAAGCUCUGGGAUACUGGAGUACGGGAGCGGCUCAAUACGGUCUGGCAUCGCCUCGGAGGCUGGCCGGAUACCUCGAAGGGCUUGUACGCCUUGAAGAAGGACUAUAUCAUUGCUUCGCUGUCAAACGGAAAUGCGCGAUUGCUAGUCGAUAUGGCGAAGCACGCAGACCUUCCCUGGGAUGCUGUACUCGCUGGCGAUAUCAUCGGAUCCUACAAGCCAAACCCCAAGAUGUACCUACAGACAGCGAAGUUCCUCGGCGCGCCACCCGAGAGAUGCGCCAUGGUCGCGUGUCAUCUGUGGGACUUGAGGGGAGCGGCGAAGAAUGGGCUGAAGACCAUCUACGUCCAUCGCAACGCUAAGGAGCCUACCGAUGAGACCACAGAUGUGAAAACCAAGUCUGAGGGAGGGGAAGUUGACCUAGUUGUACACUCCUUCACGGAGUUGGCGUCUGUACUGGAGAAGAGCAAAUGAUCAUUCAAUUGUGGCGCGCAGAGACACGCCCCGUCA